GUGUACGUCAGGAUCGCUGUCAAAAAUCGGGUUUCCUCUGCGACGGUCGGACGUGUCUGUGCGCUCCCGUGUUGAGAGCAAAGUGAAAAUUUUCUACGAAAUCAUCAAAAAUGUACUUAAUUUACGUUACGUAACUUGUGUGUAAGUGUGCUGUCGUAAUGAAAUGCCGAAAAUAUUGCGAAAAAUCGAUCAAAAGUGGCAAAUAUUGAGGUGAAACAGUUCUGCUAUUUCCGAGCUGCUGCAGGCCAACCAAAGCAGGAAAGAUGUGUCGCCAUGAUGCUUGCGAAGUGUGAACAAAGUGCAAUAGGAGGGAAAAAUCGGUGAAAUUUGUGAAUUCUCAUUGUCCUGUUGUCGUCGGGCGGCUCAGAAGAGGCGAGAAGUGUAAAAGUGGUGUAAAAUUAAAGCGAUUUGUCUCAGCAACAAUCGUGUUCGGUGGGGAAAGGUUUCAUCAUUCAGUUGGAGUAAAGAAUUGAGAGGAAUCGUCUUACACACACACGACGGAUCCGGCAUUACACGACGACGACGACAGUUUUUUGUCCUCCUUCUCUUCUGUUCAACCUUGAGCGGCCUUUCGAAACAUUAAAAACACAGGAAAUAAUUAAUCCAUCUACCGACCGGCACACGGUGUGUCGCCUCCUUCUCCAUGUCAAACCCGCCGGAAGUACUGCAACAAUAGGGCGGCCAAGCUGCUGCUGCUGCUGCUGCUACAGUGUGUGUUUCUAGGCCUAGGAACAUACGACCUCGAAGCAGAAGACAUGAUAGCGGCUCAUCCGACGGCCCUUGUCGACCAUUGGCAGUAUCGGACGGGCUUGCAGAGCGGCAAAAGUCGCCUUCCUUGAGCCGGAAGUGUGCACAUCUAUUACCUAUCCAUCAUCCUGCGCUCCUCCUCCCCGUCUCCUCCGUUGCAGCUGCACUUUUGUGGAGCCGGCUGUGUGCAGUUGUGUGGAGCUUUUAAAAUACGGUUUAUUCUUCGCGGAGCACUAACUCUUUCCGUUGGAUGAAAAUGACAACGUCCGGUGGAACAAUCGACGGUGGCAACAGCCAACGCAAAGGUCAUAGGCGCAACGAGUCCAUGUACGCCAUGACCGGGCUGUACUCGGAGGCACAGACCGACGACAGCAGUGCCGACAUACCGCAGGACACCGAGUCCGAAUCGCUGCCCAUGUCGGUCAACACGGCGACCACGACCGCCAGCACUACGGCAACAUCGGCCACAGCGACCGCCGACACCGUCAUCAAGUGCCACAGCCGGCAGCCGUCGAGCAGCGUAAUGAUGGACCGGGACAAGCCGCUACCGAACGUGCUGCUGAUCAACGACGACUACAUGCGCGACUGUGGCAUCCUAAACUGCCGACCAUCGGCGGUACAACAUUUCGCCCGGAUAAAGGUGUUUGUCCUGCUCCUUUCCAUUCUCGUGACGCUACAGCAGGCGCUCAGCUCCGGCUACAUCAACUCAGUGAUAACGACAAUAGAGAAGCGGUUCGAAAUACCGUCCAGCCUGUCCGGGCUGAUAGCGUCCAGCUACGAGAUUGGCAACGUUAUAACGGUCAUUUUCGUCAGCUACCUUGGCAGCCGGCGCCACAUCCCCGUGUGGAUCGGUAUUGGCGCCGUCAUCAUGGGCAUCGGGUCGCUCGUGUUCAUGCUGCCCCACUUUACCGGCGAGCCCAACCCGGGCAUACUGAUUGACAAUAAAACGUCCGACAACAUCUGCCGGCUGGUGUCGGUACGUGAGCAGGACAUGGGCCUGGGCAGGCUCUCCAACAGCCUGUCCAAUCCACCGCUCACGUCGCACAACUUACGUGGUGACAACUGUUUGAAAAGUAAAGCGUCCACCUUCGGGCCUGUGAUACUGUUUGUGAUUGCGCAAAUACUGCUCGGAGGCGGCGGAAGUCCCCUGUUCACGCUCGGCACGACGUACGUGGACGAUCACGUCCGGAAGGAAAGCUCAUCGAUGUAUAUCGGUGCUAUGUACAGUAUGGCCGCGUUCGGUCCCGUGCUUGGCUUCCUGCUCGGCGCUUAUCUGCUGUCCUUCCAUAUGGAUUCCUUUUCCGGCAGCGAUAUCAAUAUCGAUCCUGACGAUCGACGGUGGGUCGGUAUGUGGUGGGGCGGCUUCUUAGUGUGCGGCAUCCUGCUCAUCAUUGUGGCGGUGCCGUUUUUCUCCUUUCCCAAGGUACUGACACGCGAGAAGAAGAAAAUACGCAUUGCCGAACAGCGGUUACCCCAGCUGCAGCAAUUAACAUCGAACAACUCGAGCAGCUUGCCCCGAUCGCAGCCGAAUCUCGCCCAGCAGCAGCAGCAGCAAACGGGCACUCUGCAACAGCAGCCGCUGCCAUCACAACAGCAGCAGCAGCAACAACAAACAGGCCACGGUGCCAAUAACGCCGCACCGCAGGCAAACAAAACGGGCGAGGACACCGGAUAUGGAAAGGACAUUAAAGAUAUACCCCAGUCCAUGUGGCGCCUGGUGACGAACCCGGUGUACAUCGUUACCUGUCUCGGCGCCUGCAUGGAGCUGAUGAUAGUGUCCGGCUUUGUCGUGUUCCUGCCGAAGUAUCUCGAGACGCAGUUCAGCCUGGGGAAGAGCCAGGCGAGCGUCUUCACUGGGUCGAUUGCCGUCCCCGGUGCCUGCAUCGGCAUCUUCAUCGGUGGCUGCAUACUGAAGCGCUUCCAGCUGAAGCCGAAGGGUGCGGUACAGUUUGUGCUCAUCUCGAAUCUGAUCUGUUUGUCGUGCUACGGGCUGCUGUUCUUCCUGGGCUGCGAGAAUCUCAAGAUGGCCGGCACGACCAUACCGUACUACAACAGCUCCGCCCACAGCGUGGAACCGUUCCAGGUGAAUCUGACGGCGGCGUGCAAUUUCGGCUGCGAGUGUCACAUGUACGACGUGGAGCCGGUGUGCGGCAACAACGGGCUGACCUAUUUCAGCCCGUGCCAUGCGGGCUGCACCGCGUUCUCGUCCAGCUCGAACUACACCAACUGUGCUUGCGUUCAAGCAAACGUUACUAACAACAGCAUUUACCGAGGGGCGGAAGGGACGCAGGCACAGGCGCUGAACGCGCACGAAGCAUUCGCCGAGGUCACGGUAGUGCCGGUGGCUACUGCCGGCGUUUGCAACACACCGUGCCGGACGAUCUAUCCCUUCCUGAUACUGCUGUUCUUUAUGACGUUCGUCGUGGCUUCAACGCAAAUGCCUCUGCUGAUGAUAGUGUUGAGGUCCGUGUCGGAGGAGGAACGUUCGUUUGCGCUCGGCAUGCAGUUUGUUAUCUUCCGUCUGUUCGGCUACAUCCCGGCACCGAUCGUGUUUGGCAAUCUGAUCGAUUCCUCCUGCCUGCUGUGGAAGUCGACCUGCGGCGAAAAGGGAGGCCGCUGCCUGAUUUACGACAUUGAAAAGUUCCGCUACAAAUAUGUUGGAUUAUGUGCGUCAAUUAAAAUCAUUGCCUUGGUGAUCUUCAUCAUUGACUGGUGGCUGGUGCGAAGGCGAAAAAAUCUGGACAAGAUGAACCCACUGUCGACGAACGAGCUGGUUGGAUCGAUUAUAAGUUUAGACAAAUUGUUUGAGGAGAAGAGUACAUUGGAUGAAAACAUCGCGGUUCCGUUCAAUGGUGAAUGCAUUUCUGGGGACGCACUGGCAGACAACAAUAAGCGAAUUCUGGUCGCUAGCCGCCAUCAGCGGAACGAUUCCAAAACCAUACAGUUGGAAUACAGAUACGACGACGGCGUCCAUCAACCGUACCGUUUGCCGCCGGCAGCGGCGGCCACCCGCAAACACUACCGCAGCAAUUCCUGUGAUAUCAAAAUCCAGCGCAGCAACUCGGCCACCAACCGGGAGGUGGACUUCCACGACUGGAAGCUGAAACGGUUCAUGCGGCACCACACGCGCAACAACUCGCACGACUACAACAACGACCACCAUCGCCAUCAGCAGCAGCAGCAGUCGCAGCAGCAAACGUCCUCUUCCGGCCAUCUCGGGCGGUGGAUCGCGCUGCAGCAGCACCACAACAGUGCCGGCGAGCAGCCGCCCUCGCUGGCGUCGGGCGGCGCGAGCAACAUACGCUACAUCCUGAACCAUCUGAAGCCGGGCUCGAGCAGUGGCUCGGAGCACGUGAAGCUCGGCUACAGCAGCAGCUGCAGCGGCGGCGGUGCUGGUGGAGGAGCACCGACGAAGAAGAAGCGGCACACGCGCAACUACUCCUACGGGCAGGAGUUCUCCUUCCUGCCAAACAAUGUUAUCAUCCGGCUCGAUAACGACAUUGCCAACAAGUUCCUCAGCUCCACCGGCGCCCUGGUGACCGGUGGCGGCUCGUCACGGAAAAGUUCCUUCUCGCACGACGUGGCGGUGCUGAAGAACAACAACAUCGGGGCGGUGGCGGGCUGCGGCGGUAUGUCCGGUGCGAAGCUGAACAACAUGAAGCACUCGAGCAAUCUGAACGAGGAGCUCGAGUCGAAGUACGGGAAGGGCCAUUCGCGCACGAGUUCGCGCGAUCUGAACCUGCUCAACCUGGCGCCCGGUGCGCUGGCCGGAUCGGGGGUCGUGGAACCGAGCGGGCCGAGCGGUAUCCUCGGUGGGAUCAAAUCACUGAUCGAAGAUUCGAACAGCAUACUGCGCCAUCGGCGCACCAACUCGAAGGAUCUGAAGUACGGCGGGUACCAGCCGUGCAGUGGCGGCACCGAUGCGGCGUCCACCAUCGUUGUCGGUACGAAUGCGCUGGCGCGUAAGCUCUCGUCGGCAGCCGCCACUACGCUGCCGCCACCGGUCGAGCUGGGCCACGACGGGUCGUCGGGGCGCAGCUCUUCCGUGCUGUCGCCGGUGGUGUCCUCCUGCCUCGCCACGAUUGCGGGCAGCGAUUGUGUGGGCAGUGUCCAGCCGGAAUCGUUGCAGCUACUGCUGGACAAAAACAGCGUACUGCCCGAGGAGGAACCGACCUGCUGCUCUUCGCCGUCUGCCUCCUCCUCCUCCUCGUCGCCAUCCGCCUCUUCCGCCUCGUCGUCCACGGCCGGAGCAAACGUUUAGCCGGAGCUAGGAUGUCGAAGGGCCACUUGGGAGUUAGGAACGAUGGUGGUGCAUUUAUAUUCGUACUGUUUGUCGCUAACAAAUCCUCGCUGCCUGCUGCAUGCUGGUAGGGGGGCUUGUAGGGAUGAUGGACCUCAAUUUCUAAGCUUAAUUCUCCUAACCCAAUCUCCAUGAGACACGGCGCAGCGCGGGUUCGUCGUCUCAGCAUCGCUCCAGAAUCGGAACGAUGGAAUGGUUUCAAUUGAUUAAAACAAAUCCAAUUCCACGGGAAAUAAUAAUCAUUAUUAUCGACGUUUUUGGUCGUUUCUAUCGCAAUUCCCGGUCAGUGAGCGUAUAUUUGGAACACUUUCUGCUGCACCACGGUGAUGCUGCGUGCUACGUGUCUGGAAAUUGAGAGAGAAAAAUACACAGAAA